AUGCCCAAUGGGACGUUAUUCGGGCUUGUACAGAAAUCCAAGGACAGGCCUACAGUUUUUCUAUUGGUGUGUUAUAAACAUGUAGGCGGAUCUUGCCGAGCACCUCUGGUCAAAAACAAGUAACGUGUACUGUACCAACUGGAGGACGAGCGGAGUUGUUUUAAAAAAAAUACUACUAAUUUACUAUUAUUUAAAAAUGAGAAGAAUUACUGCUACAAGUGGACGGGUUUAGAUAGCAUCCAGGGCACUCUAUGUUGAUCCGACUCAGUAGGAGGUGAUGAAUCCCCCAGCUGAGAUGUCCCCUCCCACCGCUCCUGUCGCCACAGAGACACAGAGCAUGACCUCUGACCCGUCCCACCUCGGAACUCUGGGAAUUAAUGUCCGCCUGAAGGCAGCACCACCUAACACCACAGGUUGUACCUGGCUGGUUGUUCUAGCAGCGACUGCUGCAUCUCUCAGUGGCUUGAUGUUGGGUUAUGAAUUAGGCCUGACCUCCGGGGUCCUGCUCCAGCUAAGGGGUAUCCUCUCUCUGUCAUGCCGGGAACAGGAGCUCCUGGUGGGGUCUCUGCUGCUGGGCUGUCUGGUGAUCUCCAUUGCUGGAGGCUGGGGCCUGGACCGCUACGGACGCCGCUGGUCCAUGCUUCUGUCCGGAGGCCUGGUGGCUGGGGGCACCUUGCUACUACUGCUCCCGGCCUCGCUCACCACGCUGUCGCUCGGCCGCGCCGUGGUCGGCAUGGGCACAGCGUUGUCGGGUACGGCGGCGUGCAUGUACAUAGCGGAGAUUGCGCCACGGGAGCGUCGCGGGUUGUUAGUGACGCUGUACGAGCUGAUGGUGGUUGUCGGGGUAUUGCUAGGUUUCGGGUGUAGCUACGCAUUCUCUGCGCUGCCUAAUGGGUGGAGAUACACCUUCGGACUUGUCCUCCCGCCAGCCGUUCUACAGGCCGCUGCCCUCGUCCUCCUCCCACCCAGCCCGCGCUUCCUAGUCGCCAGGGGCGACUCGGAGCGGGCCAAGGAGGUGCUGGUCCGUCUGAGGGGCGUGGCCAGCAGGGAGACCGUGGAGGAGGAGCUACGGGGCAUCCAGGCGGGGCUUAAGGAGGAAGCGGAGCAUGGUUUCCGAGAGCUGUUCAGCGACAAGGCUAACCUGCGCCGGCGGUUGCUAACGGGCGUGGCUCUAGUGUUCCUGCAGCAGACUACGGGUCAGCCCAACCUCCUCUCUUACGCCUCGCCGCUACUACGCAGCGUGGGUUUCCAUAGCGACGCCGCCGCCAACCUGGCCUCUACGGGCUUCGGCGUAGUGAAAGUGGUGGGGACGGUUCCUGCCGUCCUAUUGGUCGACAGGGUCGGGCCCAAGAGCUUCCUGUGUGUCGGUGCGGUCGCCAUGGGGAUGUCGCUGGUGACACUGGGGGCGGUGACCUUGCAGAGCCACACCCAUCUCACCAGCCUAUGCCAGAGCCCUGUGGGGCUGAACCACACCUACCAGGGGCAGGACUUAAACACUCCUUCCUUCGGAUUGAACUAUAGCUCUUUUAAAUUAAUCACGCCCCCUCCUGGUGAGAGCCAAUGGAAUGGCAGUGACUCUGCGGAGGCUCUGGGGACUAAGAGAGAGGAUGCUGGGAUGGGGUCAGGGGUUAGCGGUCAGGGUCACGUGAAGUGGAUCUCACUUGUCAGCCUCCUGGUGUAUGUAGCUGCUUUCUCCUUCAGCCUCGGACCAAUGGUGUAUGUGGUGCUGAGUGAGAUCUUCCCGACAGGGGUCAGAGGUAAAGCGGUGUCUGUCGUGUCGGCUGUCAACUGGGCCACCAACCUCCUGAUGUCCACGACCUUCCUCUCUGCCACAGAGAGGAUUGGUGUUCCCAACGUGAUGUUCCUGUACGCCACCACAAGCUUCAUCCUGCUGGUCUUCGUCAUCCUCUUCAUCCCAGAGACUCAGGGACGCACACUGGAACAGAUCUCUAAGGAACUGGCCAAGAAAAAACAGCUGAAGGUGAGGUUUUGGCGUCGAGUGCAACCCCAGGAGACUCUGUUCACCAUUCACAGGACCCCUGAACUCUCAACUCUGACCCCUCACCCCCUCACCUAGCUGUCCACAGCAGAGGGACGAAGGAGGAGAGAGGAAAUGCGAGAAAGGAGGAGGAGAGAGAUAAAAUAGGGCCGAUAGAAGGAGAACAACCACAUGACUAUGAGAUCACUUCCUCCUUCCCUCCCCCCCAUUGAGAGAGCAACCCUCAGGCUCAGAUGGAACUCUUGCUCCCUGACCUCUGACCUGUCUGUCUGUCCUCUGGAUUGCUAACCUGUUUGUAGCACUUUCUACUGUUUUCAAACAGAAUACACAGGAUUUUACCUUGGGGGGAAAAAAAUAAGCAAUUUUCUGUAUGACCCCGAAUGUAUUCAAACAGGGACUGUUUCAAGUUAGGGAGGUGUUAAACAGUAGACGUUUUAAUGAAUUUACCCUGGGGGAAAAAAACACUUCCGUUCAUACCAAUUGGAUAUUGGGACACAUAUUCUCGAGCUGGGUCAAAAUGUAUCAAGUUAUAUACCAUGUAUUUGACCCACUAACCCUUUUACAUACUUUUACAAAGAAGAAGGUAACAAAAUGUUUUAAAAAAUAAGACGUUUUGUUUUGUGUCUGUUUCCACUGGUAUUCAGACCCCUUGACUUUUUCCACAUUUUGUUAGGUUACAGCCUUAUUCUGAAAUGGAUUAAAUCCCCCCCCCCCCUCCUCCUCAUUACUCUAUUCACAAUAACCCAUAAUAACAAAGCAAAAAAUAAUAAUAAAACAUUAAUUAUAUUAAAUUUACAUACAGUACCAGUCAAAAGUUUGGACACACCUACUCAUUGAAGAGUUUUUCUUAUUUUUUUAAUUUUUUUCUACAUUGUAGAAUAAUAUUGAAGACAUCAAAACUAUUAAAUAACACAUAUGGAAUCAUGUAGUAACCAAAAAAGUGGUAAACAAAUCAAAACAAAUAUUUUAUAUUUGAGAUUCUUCAAAGUAGCCACCCUUUGCCUUGAUGACAGCUUUGCACACUCUUGAAUGAGUAGUAGGUGACUGGUAUUGUAGCUAUUCAGACCCGUUACUCAGUACUUUGUUGAAGCACCUUUGGCAGCGAUUACAGCCUCGAGUCUUCUUGGGUAUGAAGCUACAAGCUUGGCACACCUGUAUUUGGGGAGUUUCUCCCAUUCUUCUCUGCAGAUCCUCUCAAGCUUUGUCAGGUUGGAUGGGGAGCGUCGCUGCAUAGAUAUUUUCAGGUCUCUCCAGGGAUGUUAGAUCGGGUUCAAGUCCGGGCUCUGGCUGGGCCAACUCAAAGACAUUCAGAGACUUGUUCCGAAGCCACUCUUGCAUUGUCUUGGCUGUGUGCUUAGAGUCUGAGGUCCUGAGAGCUCUGGAGCAGGUUUGCAUCAAGGAUCUCUCUGUGCUUUGCUCCGUUCAUCUUUGCCUCGAUCUGGCUGGUGUGUUUACGAACAUAUUCAAUCACUCCCUAUCCCAGUCUGCUGUCCCCACAUAAUUCAAGAUGGCCACCAUUGUUCCUGUACCCAAGAAAGCAAAGAUAACUGAACUAAAUGACUAUUGCCCCGUAGUACUCACUUCCGUCAUCAUGAAGUGCUUUGAAAGACUAGUCAAGGAUCAUAUCACCUCUACCUUACUUGACACCCUAGACCCACUCCAAUUUGCUUACCGCCCCAAUAGAUCCACAGACGAUGCAAUCGCCAUCUCACUCCACACUGCCCUAUCCCAUCUGCACAAGAGGAAUAUCUAUGUAAUAAUGCUGUUGAUUGACUACAGCUCAGCAUUCAACACCAUAGUACCCUCCAAGCUCAUUAUCAAGCUGGAGGCCCUGGGUCUCAACCCCACCCUGUACAAUUGGGUUCUGGACUUCCUGACGGGACACCCCCAGGUGGUCAAGGUAGGAAACAAUAUCUCCACCCCGCUGAUCCUCAACACUGGGGGCCCCACAAGGGUGCGUGCUCAGCCCCUUCCUGUACUCCCUGUUCACCCACGACUGCGUGGCCAUGCACGCCUCCAACUCAAUCAUCAAGUUUGCAGACGACACAACAGUAGUGGGCUUGAUUACCAACAACGAUGAAACGGCCUACAGGGAGGAGGUGAGGGCCCUCGGAGUGUGGUGUCAGGAAAAUAACCUCUCCCUCAACGUCAACAAAACAUAGGAGAUGAUUGUGGACUUCAGGAAACAGCAGAGGGAGCACCCCCCCUAUCCACAUCGACGGGACAGUAGUGGAGAAGGUGUAAUUCUUCAACUUUCUCGGCGUACACAUCACGGACAAACUGAAUUGGUCCAACCACACAGACAGCGUUGUGAAGAAGGCGCAACAGCACCUCUUCAACCUCAGGAGGCUGAAGAAAUUCAGCUUGUCACCAAAAACACUCACCAACUUUUACAGAUGCACAAUUGAUAGCAUCCUGUCGGGCUGUAUCACCGCCUGGUACGGCAACUGCACCUCCCUCAACCACAAGGCUCUCCAGAGGGUAGUGAGGUCUGCACAACGCAUCACCGGGGGCAAACUACCUGCCCUCCAGGACACCUACAUCACCCGAUGUCACAGGAAGGUCAAAAAGAUCAUCAAGGAAAAACAACCACCCGAGCCACUACCUGUUCACCCCGCUACCAUCCAGAAGGCGAGGUUAGUACAGGUGCAUUAAAGCUGGGACCGGGAGACUGAAAAACAGCUUCUAUCUCAAGGCCAUCGGACUGUUAAACAGCCACCACUAACACUGAGUGGCUGCUGCCAACAUACUGACUCAAAUCACUGGCCACUUUAAUAAUGGAUCACCAGUCACUUUAAAUAAUGCCACUUUAAUAAUGUUUACAUGUCUUACAUUACUCAUAUCAUAUGUAUAUACUGUAUUUUAUACCAUCUUAGCCUAUGCUGCUCAGUCAUCGCUCAUCCAUAUAUUUAUAUGUACAUAUUCUUAUUCAUUCCUUUACACUUGUGUGUAUAAGGUAGUUGCUGUGAAAUUGUUAGAUUACUUGUUAGAUAUUACUGCACUGACGGACCGAGAAGCACAAGCAUUUCACUACACUCAUUAACUACAUUAACAUCUGCUAACCAUGUGUAUGUGAUAAAUAAAAUUUGAUUUGAUUUGAGUCCGCUGCCGCUGAAAAACAUCCCCACAGCAUGAUGCUGCCACCACCAUGCUUCACCGUAGGGAUGCUGCCACCACCAUGCUUCACCGUAGGGAUGCUGCCACCGCCAUGCUUCACCGUAGGGAUGCUGCCCCCGCCAUGCUUCACCGUAGGGAUGCUGCCCCCACCUUGCUUCACCGUAGGGAUGCUGCCACCGCCAUGCUUCACUGUAGGGAUGCUGCCACCACCAUGCUUCACCGUAGGGAUGCUGCCACCGCCAUGCUUCACCGUAGGGAUGCUGCCCCCGCCAUGCUUCACCGUAGGGAUGCUGCCACCACCUUGCUUCACCGUAGGGAUGCUGCCACCACCAUGCUUCACCGUAGGGAUGCUGCCCCCACCAUGCUUCACCGUAGGGAUGCUGCCACCACCAUGCUUCACCGUAGGGAUGCUGCCACCACCAUGCUUCACCGUAGGGAUGCUGCCACCACCAUGCUUCACCGUAGGGAUGCUGCCCCCACCAUGCUUCACCGUAGGGAUGCUGCCACCACCAUGCUUCACCGUAGGGAUGCUGCCACCACCAUGCUUCACCGUAGGGAUGCUGCCACCACCAUGCUUCACCGUAGGGAUGCUGCCACCACCAUGCUUCCCCGUAGGGAUGCUGCCACCACCAUGCUUCACCGUAGGGAUGCUGCCACCACCAUGCUUCACCGUAGGGAUGGUGCCAGGUUUCCUACAGAGGUGACGCUUGGCAUUCAGGCCAAAGAGUUCAAUCUUGGUUUCAUCAGACCAGAGAAUCUUGUUUCUCAUGGUUUGAGAGUCUUUAGGUGCCUUUUGCCAAACUCCAAGUGGGCUGUAGUGUGCCUUUUACUGAGGAGUGGCUUCCGUCUGGCCACUCUACCAUGAAGGCUUUAUUGGUGGAGUGCUGCAGAGACGGUUGUCCUUCUGGGAGGUUCUCCCAUCUCCACAGAGAAACUCUGGAGCUCUGUCAGAUUGACCAUCGUGUUCUUGGUCACCUCCCUGACCAAGGCCCUUCUCCCCCAAUUGCUCAGUUUGGCCUAGGAAGAGUCUUGGUGGUUCCAAACUUCUUCCAUUUAAGAAUGAUGGAGGAGACUGUGUUCUUGGGGACCUUCAAUGCUGCAGAAAUGUUUUGGUACUCUUUCCCAGAUCUGUGCCUCGACACAAUCCUGUCUCGGAGCUCUACGGACAAUUCCUUCUACCUCAUGGCUUGGUUUUUGCUCUGACAUACACUGUCAACUGUGGGACCUUAUAUAGACAGACAGGUGUGUGCCUUUCCAAUCAUGUCCAAUCAAUUUAAUUUACCACAGGUGGACUCCAAUCAAGUUGUAGAAACAUCUCAAGGAUGAUCAAUGGAAACAGGAUACACCUGAUCUGCAUUAUAAGUAAAAUAGCAAAGGGUCUGAAUAAAAAUGUCUAAAAACCUGUUUUCGUUAUAUCCUUAUGGGGUAUUGUGAUGUCAUUAUGGGGUAUUGUGAUGUCAUUAUGGUGUAUUGUGAUGUAAUUAUGGUGUAUUGUGUGUAGAUUGCUGAGGAUUUAAAAAAUAUUUUUAAUCCAUUUUAGAAUAAGGCUGUAAUGUAACAGAAUGUGGAAAAAGUCAAGGGGUCUGAAUACUUUCCGAUAAGAUGGUACAGUGGUAGUGAGGGGAAGACAGGUUCAUAUAAAUGACUGAAAUGGAAUCAAUGGAAUGGUUUCAUGUGUUUUUUACUGUUCCAUUCAUUCCCUUCCUUUACCAUGAGCCCAUUCUCCCGUUUAAUGUGCAACCAGCCACCACUGAUGUGGCUGUAUCUGUUACUGUCUGAGCUGUCUGUACACAAUGAUCUGUUCUGGACAUGGUUUACAGCUGCGUUUUUUAAUUACAGUCCUCACAAGAAAACCUGAGUCAGUCAGUUAACUAAUAAUCUAUCCCUUAACCAGCUGAAUCAAGUGUGUAUACAUUGAUAGCAGAUGUUUACUCUCGGAAGCAAACAGAGCAGCAAAUGGAACAAAAUCGGGAGGCACCAACCUGCAUUUGUCCAAUAGAAAGUCUUGUUUUCGAUGCAAAACGUUUUCCAUUUAGAGUAAACUGUUUCCGUUUUCAAAAACGUUUUGCAACAGACUAAACGUUUUGCAACUAAAUCCGACUACUGAAUACACUCCAGGUGUGUUUGUCCCGAGCGACGAUAAGAGUUCGUACGGUUGGAAACCGGAGUUGAGAAACAGUGUCUUAAAGGCCACUGCAGUCAAAAACGUGAUUUUUCCUGUGUUUUAUAUUUACUGAACAAAAAAUAUAAACGCAACAUGCAACAGUUUGUACAAUUUUACUGAGUUACAGUUCAUUCUCGAUAAGGAUAUUAAUAAAUAAAUUAGGCCCUAAUCUAUGGGAUUCACGUGACUGGGCAGGGGCUCAGGCGUGGUUACACGUGGUCUGCGGUUGUGAAGCCGGUUGGAGGUACUGCAAAAUUCUCUAAAAUGACGUUGGAGGCGGCUUAUGGUAGAGAAAUUAACAUUCAAUUUUCUGUCAACAGCUCUGUUGGACAUUCCUGUAGUCAGCAUGCCAAUUGCACACUCCCUCAAAACUUGAGGCGUCUGUGGCAUUGUGUUGUUGUGACAAAACUGCACAUUUUAGAGUGGUCUUUUAUUGUCCCCAGCACAAGGUGCACCUGGUUAUGCAAUGGUUAUGCUGUUUAAUUAGCUUCUUUCUAUGCCACACCUGUCAGGUGGAUGGAUUAUCUUGGCAAAGGAGAAAAGCUCACUAACAGGGAUGGAAACAAAUUUGUGCACAAAAUUUGAGAUAAAUAAGCAUUUUUUUGUACGUAUGAAAAAUGUCUGGUAUUUUUUUAUUUCAGCACAUGAAACAUGGCACCAACACUUUACAUGUUACGUUUAUAUAUUUCUGUUCAGUAUAGUACAGCACACAGCCAUAUGGCAUUGGAAUAGUACUGUGAAAUGUUUGUCGUUUCAAUGUAAUAGCUGUUUGAAAAGCCUGCCUGAAAUGUGAAUUUAUAGGGAAGGGUGGUACAUUAGUUAAUAGGCCAAUUAAAAAAUAAUGUUCAAAAUUAACCUCUCUACCAAUAACAGUUAUUUUUCUUCUUUAAAAAAAAAUGUAUCUUUGCUAGAAAUCCUGUUUGUUUUCAUUUAAAACGGUCAAAAAAAGAGAAGCAAUCACAGUAAGGUACCUAAUUGUUAUCCAGAAAUGAUUUGAUAUAUUGACAUAAAAAUGUCUCCAUUGGAACCAGUGUUCGACCUGUCACCUCUGACCCAGAACAUCAGCUGUCAUUUCCUGUUCCUGAGUUGUGAAACACUGCAGUGAGCAGACUAGCAGCUAUGACCAGCCCGUCUGUAGCCUACUGUCCUCCUGUCUAAUGAAAUGGCACCCUAUUCCCUAUGUAGAGCACUACUUUAGACCAGAGCCCUAUGGCACCCUAUUCCCUAUGUAGAGCACUACUUUAGACCAGAGCCCUAUGUCUCCCUAAUCCCUAUGUAGAGCACUACUUUAGACCAGAGCCCUAUAGGUAGUGCACUGCAUUGGGGAAUAGUGUGCUGUUUGGAACACUUCCUAGGUGACCAAAGGCGGCUGGGGGUUUCUGCUGUACGUUGGGAUGGAAGAUGUUUUUGUAUCUCAGUUGCCAAACUUAGACACAUCUAAUACUGUAUUUUUGUAAUAAUAAAACAAUCCAAAGUAGAUCAUUAA